AUGGCUUCAAAGCUUGUGGUUCUUGGAAUCCCCUGGGAUGUGGAUACAGAAGGAUUAAAAGAGUACAUGAGCAAGUUUGGCCCCCUGGAUGAUUGCAUUGUUAUGAAGGAUCGCUCAUCUGGUCGAUCUCGUGGUUUUGGAUACGUGACGUUUUCGUCAGUAGAGGAUGCAAAGAAUGUUGUUAACUCUGAGCAUAUUCUUGGAGACCGAACUCUGGAAGUGAAGAUAGCGACUCCCAAGGAAGAAAUGCGAGCUCCAGGAAACAAGAAAGCUACCAGGAUAUUUGUUGCUCGGAUUCCACAGUCUGUGGAUGAGUCAAUGUUUCGCAGGCAUUUUCAAACUUUUGGAGAAAUAACAGAUCUUUAUAUGCCCAAGGAACUGGGUUCAAAAGAACAUCGUGGAAUUGGCUUUGUCACUUUCCGGAGUGCAGAGUGCGUGGACAAUGUCAUGCAAGAAAAUCAUGAGAUUGAUGGCACAACAGUUGUUGUUGAUCGUGCAACUCCGAAGGUCCGCAGGAUCAUGAUCCUAAAGAUGCUACAAUUAGCAUUCGGAUACGACCAUGAUCCUAUAAAGGGCUUCUUUGGAACGAAGAAAUCGAAACACUCAGGGGAUGAAGAAGUGAGGCACCCUCCAAGGAGGGGGGGAGGAGCACAGGGCGAGGGUGGUUAUGGCUCAUACAAUGCAUACAUUACAGCUGCUACCAGAUAUGCAGCUCUGGGCGUACCAACACUGUAUGAUCAUCCUGGGCCAGCUUAUGGAAGAGGAUACUUGAAUGAGCCCCCUGUAUCAAGCAAAAAGAUAUUCAUUGGUAGACUCCCACAAGAAGCAAAUACUGAUGAUUUAUGGGAUUAUUUUGGCCGAUUUGGCAGAAUUGUGGAUGCAUACAUUCCAAAGGAUCCAAAAAAGAGCGGCCACCGUGGUUUUGGUUUUGUUACUUUUGCUGAGGACGGUGUAGCAGAUCGUGUAGCGCGAAGAAGUCAUGAAAUUUUGGGACAGGAGGUUGCUGUAGACUCAGCUGCACCCGUGGAGGGUGGCCCCAGUCGAGGCGGGUACAUGGAACCACCUGGGCCAUAUGGAGCUUACAGCCCGAUGAUGUCUUAUGGCCAGUUCUCUGGCAGUCUUGGUUAUGAUCAUCUUGCAAUCGCUGAAUCGAAGUUUGCGGUUGCAGCAUCGUUGCCCCCCAAAAAGAAGGAAUUUUCCUUUCUUAAGAGCAUCAUGCAAUGUUUCUGUUGA